CGUCAUUUUCUUUUGUAGAAGAUUGGUGGAAAAAGAAUCCUGUCAAAUUGAAGGAGUAGUAAUCUUCCACUUCUUUGAAUCGGGAUCCGACGAUUUUGACUGACUUCUAUUAAAUUUUGCUUUCUAACUUCUAUCACACGCGUCUUGACUUUUAAUACAGCAAUUUUAUUUCCAUUUGCCAGGUCGACUGCGCAGGAAACGGUUUCGGUUUCUGCUUAUCUCUGCGUUCUUCCAUCGAUCCGUGGGCAAUCUACUGCAUAGCUGCGCAUGCUUGAGGGACAACUAACGCAGAAUGCUCCAACGUCCAAUGGCAUGGGAGGAGUAUUUUACGUCACAAAAUGGCCGGAAGAAUGCACAGAUUAAAUAACGUCGUAUGUCGUAAGUUGACAGUGUGGACGAAGAACUAAAGAUCUAGACGGAUCCUGAAUUGAGUUUGAAAUGCCCUGCGUACCAUCUUUAAGAUUUGGCACCUCCACCGAUUACAGUCGGCCGGAAGCUGGAGAGAUCAUGUCUGGUAUACUUGAGAUCUUCAAGUCGACUAGUAACCCGGGUCAGAGAAUGUUUGUCAGAGUUUAUAGAACUUCGAGCGAACAUUUCGCCGUUUUAUGCCCUCUUAGAGGAGUGUUAACGGCUUGUAGGCCGUUAGCUAGCCUUAAUUUACGUUCAUGUUCAGUGGAAGUUUUACCUGGUUCGGGUCGACAGUUUCGAGUGACACCGAGAGCCUGCGAAGGCGUGGCUUUGAUUUUUCGACUUCCCGAGACAGAUAAAUCUGCUGGAGUCGAAGAUCGAGGAAUUAAACUAUGGCUGUCGGCUUUCACUAGCCAAGAUGAAAGCAAAUCGGAAGGUAAGAAGAGGAAAUUAUCGGACCACAGGCAAUUGCUGCCAGUGGUAGUGGAGAACGACGAAGAGGAGGAAGAGCACAGGAUAUGACUGAAUGCCAGGUGUGUGCAGAACUAUUUAUUAUAAAAAUAUUUAAUUAUGUCGCCUUCCCAGAACUCGGAUUUCGAUGAAAUCACGUCGUGUAUGGUGGGUCCAACUUAUGUUUCUUAUCAUCAUCUUAUUAUUAAUAUCAUUUUCGUCUUUGAUAACAUGUGAACCGAAUCUCUCUCAUUCGAGUCUGUCAUACCGAAUCAAUUACGAUGCAUCCUUUUAUCAUUAUACGAAACAUCUUUUACACAUUUUCCUCCCAAUUUAUCCGUUCUCUUCCAAUUUUUAUUACUAUUAAUUAUAUAAACGACCAUAACUGACUAUAAAAAAAGAAGAAAACAAACUAUAAACUGAUGUGCACUGUUUCCGAUGAGAAUAUUCAGAUGAUUAAUCGUAGAGACGAAUUUGAAUUACGAAUUUAAAUUAGAAACGGAAUAUUUAUUUGAUUUUGAUUGAAGAAGAUAUUUCCUAAUCCAUCUUCUUUUAUAUUUUUUCAACCGUGUUGUUACGACAGAAAAACUUCGACUUCAUAUCCGGAUUGCAUCAACGUUCCUUCUAUUUUUUUUUCUUAUUUUUCUAUCGGGAAAAAUAUUUUAAAAGAAGUGAUUUUUUGCUCAUUCCCAAAUGGUCUCUCCUCUACAGAUUAUCUACAAUUUUUUUUUUUUGAUAAAAUUUAUUGAAUAACGGGAUAUAAACUGAAGAGGAAAGUAAUCCCUUGUAUGUCCCAACUCAACUCUUCAAAGCCUUUUUUAUUUUAUUUUUUACUUUAAACUUUGUUAAAUUGUGCAAAAAGUAAACGAAUCUUCAAUACGGAAUUUUUAUGUUAAAUUUAUUAUUGAGUAAUUUUGAAAAGACAAAAAAAAAAAGAUGAUGAUGAUAUCAUCUUUGCUCAAUGAUAUUGACAAUAUACACGUAUACACGAAUUUGAUGAAGGUUAAACCAUUUUGUAAAUAAGUGAUACUUUAUCUGUUACAUAUCUAUUCCUGAUUGUCAAUUCUAAUAUAAGCAGGAUAAAUAAUAAUAAUACUGAUAAUAAUAAUAAUAAUAAUAAUGAAUAAUGAUAAUAAUAAAAAGAAUAUUUUUACCAAAUAUUCCAUCUGUCUAAUACCGUGUGAGGACUAGAAAUUACUUAUAUUACUCGGGGUAUUGAUCUUUCUACUGUUGGAAGACGUGAUGUAAUCGACCGGUCUUUUGACUGUUGCUAAUCGCGCGGCUGUAAAAUACCCCCUCCCCUCCCCCUCCAGUUACUAUGGUAACAGUUCCGGUUCCUUCCACCAUUCAUCUACUUGGCGUUGAAAGUUCUACAAUUAACAGAGGAUAAUUUUAUUAUUCGAAUUUAUAAAUGUUAUUAAUUUCGAAGAGAAUUUAAAUUUAAUUUAGUGUUUUUUUCUAUAUAAAUUAUCUUGUGACGUCCAUAAAAGUAAUAAUUUAUGUUCCGUGAUGGUUACAACCCCGCGGUGGCUCGACCAAAUUUUAAUUAUGGAUUUUUAGACGAGACGAUAGAAAUUAAGCUCGAGACGAGAUAAU